AGAAAGGGGCUGCAAGCGGGGGGACUUGGUGGCGAGUGUUUGUCUCAGCCUGAGCGGCGGCGGGGGUGGUGGUGGUGGUGGCGACGCGCGUCUGACAUGGUUGGAGAGCGCUGGCCGUGGGCAUCUCCUGCGCGCCUGGGAGAACCGUCGGGCGCACGCUCGAAGGACACUCUGCUGCCGAUCUCAUCGGAACAGCCUCGGGGGGCGGCAAACAAGUGAAAGACGAUGGGCACCGUUUUGGAGUCGCUGUGACGCACUGACGCCGGCGCGCGUUUCGCUUUCAACACUUGGACUAACGCUUUGGAUUGAUUUUUGCUUUUUGUUUUUUGAAAUACAAGACGUGAAUGCUGCAUUACAAGGCAGUGUGAUUAUCUGAGUUUGGACGAGCCCCCCCCCCCCCUCCCUCCCCCCUUCUCCUGCACCGCCACCGGCGUCCUCUCCGCCAGCAUGCAGCUGCUCCGAGUUGCGUGGGCACUCACCGGAGCGGCGAUCUGCUGCUUCCUCAUCCUCCUCAUCCACUCUCGUCUGCUCAAAGAAGGCCAGCUGGCGGCGGGGACAUGUGAAAUUGUGACGCUGGACAGGGACAGCAGCCAACCGCGGCGGACCAUCGCCAGGCAGACGGCCCGCUGUGCCUGCAAGAAGGGCCAGAUCGCGGGAACCACGAGAGCCAGACCCGCCUGCGUGGAUGCCGCCAUUGUUCGGAAAAAGCAGUGGUGCGAGAUGGUGCCGUGUUUGGACGACGAAGGCUGCGACCUGUUAGUCAAUAAAUCCGGCUGGACUUGUACGCAGCCCGGAGGCCGAGUCAAGACAACUACGGCUCUAUGACGCGACAGGACUCUCCCUCCACAUUGUUGCACCGAGGAGAGCAUUGACGACCCCCUUGACAGGCAGCCAGACACCACUCACCACCGCCACCUUAACGCCACUAUCACAAGUCCGCCCAUUCCCCGGAAGCUAACUAUCCUGCGCCGCGGCCCUCGCGGAGGCGGAAAGGUCUCGUAACACCACCAGAGCACCAGAACGGGAGUGUUUGCAGGAACACCCCCUCCCCGCCCCCGCCCCCUCCAGGACAUUGGGUAAAUGACUCGCAAUAAAACACUGUUCCCUGCGAGCGACUCCACGGGCUUUCUGACUUCUCCCACCCGGCGGGUGUCGUUGGGUCAACAAGGUCGUCUGCUCUCCACUUCUGCCUGCUCCGUCCAAUUAGCAGCUCUCGCCCUUCGCCGUGGAGGGUGGGACCCCUGCCAAAUGUCACGGGUGACUUGCGCCCUAUCGGAAGUCCCUCUGAAUUGAAGACGAGAAUUCUCCGCAUUUCUUCACCUUUCUAGAAGCUCAGCAGGGCGCAAGGAUCAUUUAGAGAAGUGGGCGCUCGCUGCUGUGAAUAGGCCUUCUGCUGGAGCAGACCUCCCAUAUUUUUAUAGACCAAAGAGCAAAAGAAACAAAUGUGCCAGGACUGAGGCAGUAGACCCUUGCCGGCUUGCGUGCCCACCAAGCGACCCGUGGACACCUCGUGGAUUGGCGCGCACACACACACACACACACACACGGAUCAAAGGAGUACUUUUGACCAUUUCCUGACUGUUUUCUUUCCUCGGACCGAGCCCAACACUGUACUUUGGAACUGGAGAUAUAGGUACUACAUAACGUAUAACUGUGUAUCGAGAACAAAAAAAAUAAAUAAAGAAAAAAAUAAAUACAAAAGAUGCGACGGUCGGAAGGCAAGAAGGCGCAUCAAAAAAACGCAAAUGAAAAGACGGCGUGAAGAAAUGUCAUUAAAUGUAUUUUGAAAGUCCCUAAAAGUUAUAUAUUUAACAGUUUUUAUAUGUUGUACCUUUGUAGAGAAGCUUAUUGGACUUGUGGUCACAAUGACAAUUAGGAUGUGCGCAAAAUGCUGUUGUUCUCAUUACCGCCGGCGCUCGUAGUCUUGGGUUUUUCGGUUCACACCUCACUAGCUGCUUUAUUUUCAUCUUCAUUUCCAAGUCACUGUCCAGCAAAAAAGAAAACCCCAGGACUGACUUACAUUUUAAGUGUAUAGUAGUCAGUGGAAGCCAUUGAAGACUGCUAAUUUGCUAUGAUAUUGUAUCGUACACAAUGUGGAAUACUGAAUCGUUUCCCCUCGAUGGCUUUGGAUCUCUUAAUUUAUUUCCGUGCUCGCCCCGGUCGGCGCGACAACGGGCUUCGACGUCGGCGAGCGGAACAAGGGGGGUUAGAUCGAACGAGGGAGCUGCGGAGAGAUUGCGGUCAUUGACAUAUAGUACUUUUUUUAAUCAUGAAAUAUUUUAAGAAUAAAUUAAAUACAUUGAAUGAAAUGUCCCUUGAAAAUGGAGCUGGUGUUUGGAUCCGUGUGCUCUUCGACCGGAGUCCCGCAGGGUAACGGAAGUCAUCCGUUUGAUUUCAAGCACGUCGGACAAGAUCCCAAGACGACCGACGGUGAAUGUUAACAAAUUACGACAACAAGUCAGUUGCCACGGCAACGGAAGCUUUAUUACGAUUCCAAUAUGGAGCCCCAGCGUCGGCAUAAUUACGACCGAACAAGUUGUCGAAAUGAACCGUCAUUGCUCAUGAGAUGCGAUUACCGCGAGUGCUUGUGAUUAUUUAAUUCCUGAACUAAAAUUAAUAAUCUCUUUAUUAACCAGGAACUCAUAUGGCAUAUGAUUUAAUGUAUUUCUCUACUGUAUACAUUUGAAGGAUGUGAUUAUUUUCGGAUACGGCAUCUGUCUAUUUUUCCAUGAUUACAGCAGAAGGCAAAUAAUGAAUAUGAUUAUGGCUAUUUUUAAGAAGCUCAUGUUAUACCUCGAGCUUUUGUUUUUCUGACAGCGUGCAUUCCCGCAGUAAACGUUUGUCUACCAAGACGGAAAAUGUGGAAGAAUCCCCAUGGAGGUUAAACCGGUUAAUUAAAUUGAACGACUUCAAAUCACUCUUAUUUUGGCAAGAAUUUAAUUUAGGAUUUUUUUUUAUGGGCUAUCCUGCUGUUUUCUGCUUGCCUUUUUUUUUCCCCCCAGACUUCCUAUCCAGAUGUAACAUUAUUGACAUAUUUGGCAUCUAAUUCAUAUUUCACACUAGGAGUCUUUCUUUACAGUACGAAUUUGAUGAAGUGCUGAAAAAAAGAUCGAUAGAUAAUAUGGCCAACGCAGCUGCUUACUUAUGGGUGCCCCCCCGCCCAGCUGCCAAGAGAAUACUUACAAUAAUCUGUCAUGGUUACGGCAGCAAAGUCAUUUGUCUUUUCGUGUCCAUUCUUUAUUUGUGUUAUUUUUUUGGAUCAACAGGUGAACGGUUCAUUA